AUGCAACGUGUGCCAUUAGCAAAAGAACGUGCAGCAUGGACAAAAUACCUCUACCCAGACCAUACCCAUGAUCUGUCCAUGUUCUAUUCAGUGGUAUGGCGUAUUCAUUUAGGUGAGUUGCGCGUCGGCGAAUCGGACGCAUGGUCGACCACAACCCUUUUGCAACGACGUGCAUAUCGCCACUUGUGCACCAAAUAUACCAAGGCGUGGGACGAAAUACGUCGUUUUGGUGAUCAAAAUGAUAUACAUCCAUUGCAAGACACAAGUAAAACUCUAUGGGAGAAGCAUACAGGCAUGGAAGAAUUGCAUGCUGUCAUCGAUCUCGACAUACAGAGACUUAGCGUGACGCUCACUAAAGAGGAUCAGCAGUGCGUGGCACGAAUACUGCGUGUAUGGUCAUUCACGCACGUUCAUAUUGGAUACUUCCAAGGUAUGCACGAAUUGGCGGCACUGCUGUGGCGGAUUAGGGCUUCUGAAUCUGUUCCUGUCCCUAUGGAUAGCGUGUUGCACGUUCUUCUUUCUCCAGGCGAUGUUGAGCCCGAUACCUACUUUUUAUUCUCGGCUCUCAUACAACGUCUGGCUCCCAUGUAUGACCACACCCAACGGGCUGGCUCUCCCACACUGAUCAAGGCCAUUCUUCACCGAGUGGAUCCAUCUCUCAACAGUCAUCUACAAUCCUUGCAAUUGGAGUGGACACCCAUCCUGCUUCGAUGGCAUCGCCUAUUGUACAUGCAAGAAUUUACUGAGGCAACCAUUUUGGAGCUUUGGGAUACUUUGUUCGCCAUUGAUCCCACACUCCAGCUUGUCCCUUACAUAUCUGCCGCCAUACUCCUUUCACAACGAGACAAACUCGUACAAAGUGAAUAUAUCGAUGCCAUGCAAUUUUUGAUGCACUUGCCGGAUCUCAACGCACCAAGGCAGCUUGUUGAGCAUGCCAUGCAAUUAAGUCAAACGCCCUCGGCAAGCACGGGAGCAUUCAUUGCAAGAGCGUAUGAACAGCAUCCACCGCCUGAGCCGGCCGAAUCAAAGAUGGAGUCAGCCAAACAUUUGCUGAGAGAAUUGACGGCAGGCAUCCUAACACAAGACGGGCAUGGACAGUCCGAUUGGAGUCCGCGAACCGAGGAUCGACUCUAUAUCGAGUCAUCCAAUUAUACGGAGCAGCACAAACGUGCCAUGUUGUCACUUGAUAGUGUGCGUGAAUUUCAUUGA